CUAAGAACUAUAGUCUCUGUAGAGCUCGCAUUGAAAAAAGAAAGAGAAGAAAAAGUUGCGGAAAGUGAAUACUGUCUACCUAGGUAAUUAGCUCUUAUUUUCGCUCUCGUACCGCGUCUUGUUGCUAAUUAUCAUCUUGUUAACACGACUACUUCAUCUAAAAAGAAAGGAAAAUUGAAAAAUAGCGAAGUGUGUGCCGCGAACAUGAGGGAAAAGGAGAAAGGUCGGCCAUUGGAGGCGGCGGCCGUCGCGGGAGGAGAUGAAGGAGGAGCAGAAAUCAUGGGGACCGAAGCACGGCCGAUUCCCCCGGACAUGGAGCGGCGGGUUCUGCGGAAGAUUGACACGUUCUUGAUGCCGGCCAUGGUCAUCGGCUAUGGGCUUGUAUACUACGAUAAGGUAAAAAGCAGAGAAAAGCAUAUGAAACACGUAAAUCUGAUAUACACACAGGCCAUCCUAGGCAGCGCCGCCCUCUUCGGUAUGACAUCGGACCUGCACCUCUCCGUCGUCAACCCAGUCACCGGCAAGACAGACACAUCGCGGCUGUCCUGGGCAACGUCGAUCUUCUACUUCGGCCAACUCGUCGGGUCAUACCCGACGACGUACCUUUUGCAGCGCUUCAACACGCGCUACGUGCUCGGGCCGGCAGUCAUGAUCUGGGCCGUCAUAUGCGCUGCUACGGCCGGCGUGACGACUUGGCAGGGGUUAUUGGUGCAGCGAUUUUUCCUGGGCUUCACCGAAUCCAUCGUCCCAACAUCCUUCAUGACAAUCGUAAGCGGGUACUACACGCAGCGCGAGCAAUCGCUCCGCCAAACAUGGUGGUUCAGCGGCACAGGGUGGUUCACGAUCAUCGGGAGCGCAUUGAACUACGGCUUCGCGCAGAUCUCUUCAUCAGCGCUGCGCCCAUGGCAAUACAUCUACGUCCUCGCAGGGGCUUUAACGUUCGUGUUCGGAAUAUGGUGUUUCUGGCUUCCGAACUCGCCUCUAGAUGCGUGGUUUCUGUCCCCCGAGGAGCGCAUCGUGGCUGUUGAGCGCUUGCGAAUGGGGCAGACGGGGGUACGCAAUCAGAAGAUUAAGAUGGGACAGAUCAGAGAGGCUGUUUGCGAUGGGAAGGUCUGGCUUGUUGCGCUUGUUAUGGGGUCUGCCUACACCGUCAACGGCGCCGUAUCCGGCUUCGGGCCGCUCAUAGUCUCAACAUUCGGGUACACGCCCCUCGAAUCCAUCCUCUUCCAAUUCCCCCUCGGCGCAAUCUGCGCGCUAGGCAUCCCGCUCACAGGGUACAUCGGCAUGCGGAUCCCCUCGGUCCGCAUCAUCACCCUCAUAACUUGCUGUCUCCCGGUUAUCGCAGGGUACAUCUUGAUCUGGAAAUCGACUUGGGGCUAUCAUCCCAUCGCCCCGGUAGCAGGGUAUUCGCUCAUCGGAUUCUUCGGUCCAGUAGUCGGUUUGACAGUCUCCCUUGGCGCGGCGAAUGUCGCGGGUGAGACGAAGAAGAGCUUCAUGGCUGCCGCGGUGUUUGUGGCGUAUUGUGUGGGAAAUAUUGUUGGGCCGCAGCUUGUGAGGAGCGAGACAAAGGGGGAGCAUUAUCCUGGGCUUUGGAUUGGGUUGAUUGUUUUUUACAUCAUCACGAUCCUCGCCGCAUCAUCUCUCUACAUCAUCUUACACCGUGAAAACAAGCGGCGCGAACAGCUGGGUCUCGACGAGCGCGAAGGAGAGCGGAUUGCUUUUAAGGAUUUAACAGAUAAGGAGAAUCCUUAUUUUAGAUAUGUGCUUUGAUUGUGUUUAAGGUAUACGGUCACACACAGACACACGCACACAGAGAGCGAGAGAGAGAGAGAGGUAGAUCACACAUGCAUGUA